AUGCCCCUCUCUUCUUUGUCCCCUUCGAUCUCUUCCUCCUCCAGCCGCGGUUUCUUCUCCUCCCCCUCCGACGGCUCCAACGAGCUCCUCCUCUGCGAAGAGGACGCAGGCUCCUUCUCCGACGAAGACCACUGGUCGCCCCUGUGCUAUCUACACAGUGAAUAUGCGGAUGAAACUGGGAGCUUGGCCGGCGUGGAGACUGCGUUUCCUCUGGGGUUGGGGUACCGGAGGAGGUUCGACGCCAUUGUCGACUCUCUCGACUCGGCGGCUCGCCGCGUCUCUGCCGCCUGGAUCCUCAAGGUUGGCCUCCCGUACAUCCAGGGCUAUUCAGCUCUUUCCAUCUGUGAUCUCUCCCCCCUUGACCGGUGUCCGCUCUGGUCGACGUCGCAGGUGGCGGAGCUCCACCGGUUCCGGCCGCUGACGGCGUACCUCGCCGUCAACUACAUGGACCGCUUCCUCUCCCGCCACGUUCUUCCCGUAUGCAACCUCCGCUCUCUCUAUCUUUAAUAUGCACUCUCCUGUCCUUAACGUGUAGUCUCUCUUUCUCUAGCUGACGGACUUCGUACGUACUUCUAUCCGUACUGCAUAGGGGGGUUAUAUUUCAUGGGCGUUCUUAAGAUCAUACGAGAACUUCUUUGAUUUCUGGAGUUCCAUGCAAGUAUGAUAGUGCUACGCGUAACCCUUUCCUUGAUCCGCACCUGAAUUUGAAAUCUUUGAUAGGCCCAUUAAUAUCAGAAAAAAAACACCCGUUAUUUACCCUUAAUUUCAUUGUAGAAAGAUACCCAUUGACCGUGCCUCUCAUCCUCUUCUACUUCCGUCCUCACCGGCGGCGGCGCAGAAAGUGGGCAGCGCCAGCGGAGGGUGGCAGCUGCAGCUGUUGGCGGCCGCGUGCCUCUCCCUCGCUGCCAAGAUGGAGGAGAGACUCGUGCCGACCCUUCUCGAUCUCCAGGUCUCACCACUCCUCUUGUUGGGCACCGUCCUUCUUCUAUGAAACCUCUCUGAUCAGGGAUCGCGCGCAGGCGGCGGAGGCGAGCUUCGUGUUCGAGCCCCGGACAGUGCAGAGGAUGGAGUUCCUGGUUCUCGACGUUCUCGAUUGGCGGUUGCGCUCCGUCACCCCCUUCGCCUUCUUGGGCGCCUUCGCCGCCCUGGCCGACCCUGAACAGUCCUUCGGUUCCUUGAUUCGUCGUGCUACCCAGAUAAUUCUCGCCACGCUCGAAGGUUUCAUCAAGAAUCUGCAUACGAUUCGAUACUUCCUGACAUAAUGUCGGAUUGGAGUUAUACUGAAUUUGGUUCAUCUAAGCUUUGGCCUUAUAUUUCGGGAAAUUAGUCUCCACAUAUGAAAUGGGUUGCGAUGUUAAUCGAUUUUGAGUUGGAUAACCCGAUUUAUUUCUUCUAUUUCUACACGAAAUGAGGGAGUGCUUCGUGAUCGAAUCCCAUUUUUUAAAGUCAGUAGGUCGCAUUUAAUAAUAAUAUUAUGAAGGUUUCUGGACAACACACUUAUCUUUAUCGGGGCGGCAAAUUUGUUUUACCGUCGAAAACUUAAGCCUUGAGUCGCCUUCCACGUAUUCACGAAGUUGCAACUUUUUACCCUUUCAGAUAUCGACUUCCUGGAUUACACCCCGUCGACAAUAGCCGCCGCCGCCGUUAUCUGUGCGGCUGGGGCAGCGCCGGCGCCGCCGUCCGUCGAUCCGGAGACAGCGGUGCGGUGGUGCGCCGGACUAACCAGAGUAGGCCACAUUAAAUCUCAUUUUGACUUGUUGGGGUGCGUGUUCUUAACCUCCGAUGGGCGACGGCGUCUGUUCCCGCAGGACGCUGUCGUGAGCUGUCACCUGCGUAUGCGAGAGCUCCCUGCCUACGCUGGCCGGAAGAAGGUCUGUCUUCUCGACGCCGUCCCGCAAACCAGAUCGGUGCCGCCAGCCGCCGCCGGCUCCGCAAAGAGGAAGCUGGACUGCGAAGAGGACGACCCAUGA